AUGAAUGAACCGAUCGAGAUCGACCUCUUGGAUGCGGCCCAAGACCCACCAACGCUAACAAUAACAAGCCCUGAUUUAGAUCCAAUUAGUGCUAACAUCAGCUUCAAGCCUCACUUCCCCUCUCUCCCUCCCUUCCCCCUCUACACACCCAACAAUCAUGUCCACCACCCUCUCACCCCUAAUCCCCCCCCGACCUCCCCCUCCUUCCUCCUAACCUCAACCCUAAUAAUCCUCCUCCCAGCAACAAUCCUGAUCACCACGCCCCCCACCUCCCCGCUACGCUACAUAACAAUCACAAUCCUAAUCUACCUCGCAUCCCUCUUCAUAACCCCCCACCACGGCGCAAGCACACUCCGCAUUACGGCCACAGCCCAAUUAGCCCUCAUAACCGUCCAAUCAGUCCACCUCCUCCUAAUCGCCCGUCUAGAUGACCGCGCCAUAGCACGGGAAAUUCCCGAACGCGCAUUUUUCAAGUCAGAUCGGCUAUAUCGUGCUGUGGAGCUGUUGAUUCAACCGCGGGGCGUGCGGACGCCGAGGGAGAUUAAGAAUGUUCCUGGGCAUCCGGAAUACUAUGCCUCGAAGAAGACGAAGGGUGGGGAUAAGGAUAAGGCGAACGGCGUCGACGCUAUCCCCCGAUCUAAUUUCCUGAUAAGACAAAUCGCCAUCUUCACAUGGCAAUAUCUAGCCCUAGACGUCCUGCAAACCGUCGCCCGACAACAAGCAUUCGAAGGCGGCGGCGGCGGCGGCGGCGGCGAUUCAUCCGGAUUCACGCGUAUAGAUUGGUUCGUUUCUCCAGAGAAAUGGAUUGAGCGUGGCCUUACGAACUUGAUUACUUGGUUUGUGACAUCGCGCAUUCUGAUCGAUGCCAGUUAUCGAUUUGUGUCUAUCAUCUUUGUCGGACUUGGAUUUGAUUCGCCUGAGAAUUGGCCGCCGGCGUUUGGGAGGAUGAAGGAUGUUUAUACGAUUCGGAAAUUCUGGGGCAAAUUCUGGCACCAAUUCCUCCGCGGCCCAUUCACAGCUGUCAGCAACUUCAUCGCAAGGGAUAUCCUGCAUCUCCCCCGCCCAUCCCUCGUAGAACGCUACACAAAUAUCUUCAUCGUCUUCCUCCUCUCAGGAAUCCUGCACGUCCUCACAGACCACAUCCAAAACAUUCCCUACGAGUACUCUGGCGCGAUGAUCGGAUUCCCCAUCACCGCAUUCGGAAUCAUGUUUGAAGAUGGCGUGCAAGAACUUUGGAAACGAUUCAGUCCUCCAACGAAAGCAGGUUCAAAAGAGGGUGGGGAAGAAUCUGAUUCUGUUACGCCGGUGUGGCAGAGAAUCGUCGGGUAUGUUUGGACUUUUGUUUGGUUGGGUGUUGUUUCGACAUGGUAUCUUUAUCCGAUUUAUGAGUUACCCGGAGAACUUACGUUGCUUGUUCCUGUGAGUUUGAGUGAGAGGGUUGGGGUGCAGCCGUUGGCAGGUGUUGUUUUGGGGGCUGGGUUGGUGGUGGGAUAUGUUUUUGGAGCGGAGAUUUGA